AUGAUAUCUGAGAAGGGAGACUCUCAGAUUGUGUUCAGUACGUCUAACGCAAAGAUCAAGCACAACGUGAAUGUCGAUACUAUGACCUCAACACGCUCCUCCUCUACCAAUUUGAGGUCGCCAUCCAUCGCCGAUGACCCUCGCAUACUGCGUAGGGUCUCCGGUCUUUCAUUCGCUUCGACUGUUGACCCCGAAACCGCACCUGGAGCGUCAAUACCUCAAGGGCCCACGAUAACGGAUGAAAUCAGUGAGAUCAAGCGCUAUGAGGAUUUUACUACUAUUGACUGGGUACAAGAUGCAGUCAACGAACAAAAUGCUCGCCGAGCAAAGCGACAAAUUGGGGGCGGUUUCUGGGACCAAGAGGGUGUAUUGGGCUGGCGACGAAAGGUACGAGAGUCCUAUGACGCGGGGCAGGCCUGGCUCGUGGUGACUCUUGUCGGUAUGGCGAUUGGGCUCAAUUCGGCUGUGUUGAAUAUUAUCACCGAGUGGCUUUCCGAUAUCAAGCUGGGACACUGUACAACGGCAUUCUAUCUAAACGAAUCAUUUUGCUGCUGGGGGGCAGAAGGAGGUUGCUCGGAUUGGAAGCACUGGACGUCCUUUUGGCUGAUCAACUAUGUGGUCUACUUUUUCUUUGCAGUUUUGUUCGCCUUUGUCGCGGCAACACUUGUCAAGUCUUUUGCUCCGUAUGCUGCAGGAUCCGGCAUCUCGGAGAUCAAAUGCAUUAUUGCUGGAUUUGUCAUGAAGGGCUUUCUAGGAGGCUGGACACUCCUGAUUAAGUCAAUCGCUCUGCCACUAGCCAUUGCCUCCGGUCUUUCCGUGGGAAAGGAGGGCCCAAGCGUGCACUUUGCUGUGUGCACCGGAAAUGUGAUAUCACGGUUUUUCGACAAGUACAAGCAGAGCGCAUCCAAGACAAGAGAGAUCAUGACUGCUUCAGCGGCAGCUGGAGUAGCUGUUGCCUUUGGAAGUCCCAUCGGGGGAGUUCUCUUUUCCUUAGAGGAAAUGGCAAAUUAUUUUCCCCUCAAGACUUUAUGGCGCAGCUAUUUCUGUGCUCUAGUGGCCACCAGUGUCCUUGCUGCCCUCAACCCAUUCAGAACGGGUCAACUGGUCAUGUUCCAAGUCUCUUAUGAUCGGACGUGGCACUUCUUUGAACUGAUCUUCUUCGUCUUCAUCGGUAUAUUUGGAGGCCUCUACGGCGCAUUCGUGAUCAAGUGGAACCUGCGAGUUGCAGCGUUCCGGAAGAAGUAUCUUUCCCAGUGGCCCAUUACCGAGUCGCUGGUGCUUGCGGCGCUCACAGCUAUCCUUUGCUAUCCCAACAUGUUUCUGAAGAUCAACAUGACCGAGAUGAUGGAGAUUCUUUUCCAAGAAUGCGAAGGAGGACAUGACUAUAAUGGAAUUUGCGAGAGCAAGCAUCGUUGGUGGACUGUGCUCUCCCUGGCUAUUGCUACGAUGCUGCGUACCGUGCUGGUAAUCAUUUCGUAUGGCUGCAAAGUACCCGCUGGUAUCUUCGUUCCAUCGAUGGCGAUUGGAGCCUCAUUUGGUCGCAUGAUCGGCAUCAUGGUACAGGCGCUCUACGAAGCUUUCCCGAACUCUGCAUUCUUUGCCUCAUGUAACCCGGACGUGCCUUGCAUUACUCCUGGGACGUAUGCUUUUCUCGGUGCUGGUGCGGCACUGAGCGGCAUCAUGCAUUUGACCGUCUCGGUCACGGUCAUUAUGUUUGAACUGACCGGUGCUUUGACCUAUAUCCUACCGACGAUGAUUGUGGUUGGCGUGACCAAAGCUGUUGGAGACAGAUUUGGAAACGGAGGUAUCGCCGACCGAAUGAUCUGGUUCAACGGGUUCCCGUUCUUGGACAAUAAAGAAGAUCACGUCUUCAACGUGCCCGUCUCGCACGCCAUGACGACAGACCCGCUGACGUUGCCGGCAGCUGACUUCCCCGUGCGGGAGGCAGAGCAUUUACUGAACGACAACAGAUUUCAAGGCUUCCCGAUAGUGGAAGACCGUACGAGCAAGAUCCUCGUCGGCUAUAUAGGUCGCACUGAACUUCGGUACGCCAUCGAUCGUGCCCGCAGUCAGGGCUUACUCUCACCCCGAGCUCGAUGCAUCUUCACCGCAGAAGCGGCCGAGGCAAACGCCACACGAAGUGCGUCCGUCUCGCAGCAGCAGCAGCGAGCCCCCGACACAACCUUUGAUGAGAUCCAAGCCACUGUCGGUGCCGGGGUCGUUGAUUUCUCACGCUACGUCGACCACACCCCGUUGGCCGUACACCCACGUCUCCCCCUCGAGACCGUCAUGGAGAUCUUUAAGAAGAUGGGGCCUCGAGUGAUUCUCGUUGAGCGACACGGCCGCUUAACAGGUCUGGUGACUGUCAAGGAUUGUUUGAAAUACCAAUUCAAGGUUGAGGCGGAGGAGCAUGCGCUGGCGGCGACAAGCGCGGCUGAGUUCUCAUCGGCUCCACUGGGCGGCCACAUGAACGCCCCUGCGCAAGAAGCCCUGGAGGAUCGGCUCUGGCACUUGAUUCUGACAAUCGCUGGGUUCGUCAGUGGAUCUAUUCGCUCCAGGGGACCUGUCAGAUUGCAGGAACCAGCUCGACAUGGUAGAGCAAUGGAGGCAGAAGGGAUAUCGGAUGGGACUACGGCAGAUGGGGUUGUAGAGUUGCAAGAGAGAGAUGAGCGACAUCGCGGACUUUGA